AUGGCACACGUCGACGCCUUGUCCAGAGCUCCAGUGGGAAAGGAGGAAUCACUUGACGAAGCUCUGAUGGAACGACAGACUGUAUUUCAAUUGAUAUGCCAAGAUGAGCAUGUAAUGAUGUGUCAAACAGCUGAUGCAGAAGUAGCCCAUCUCAAAAAGAUGGUUGAGGAGAGUCCCACUGAAGGUCUAGGGACGUCCUACGUGGUGAAAAAUUUGCUGUUGUACAGGCGGUACCAGGACAAACUGUUGUUCGUGAUGCCUAAGUCUAUGAGGAAGAGCUUGGUGGUAACCGCUCAUGAUUUGAGUGGGCAUCCUGCAGUGGAUCGUACAAUGGCUAAUGUGUUACAGGACUUUUAG